CAGACGUUCCUCAUUCAGGCCUGAUGGGCUCGGGGAGAGGGGAAUGGACACAACAAACUGGACUACUGUGAGAGUUUUCAGGUGUUUUUUAGACUGCAGAUGAUGAAGUUUACUUAAAUUUCAUUGGAAUUCUGCAUCAAGAGGUGUUGCAGAUUAUUAUUUUUUUCUCAACUGGAACUAUAAAUACUCCUGUUCUACUGUGAGAACGUCUGCAAAGGGCCGAUGGGUGCAAAGUUUACCCUCUGCUGCUGUGAAUACUACCUGAAACACGACACAGAAGAGAAGAAUGCCAUUUUACGUAUGCAGACUACCACAUCUUCAAGGCCUUCAGAGCUGUUAUCCAGUGAGUCCAGUGAUAGUGACACAGAAGAGGAGAGCAUCUUUGGACCACAGUCGUCGAGGAGGAGCCAGUGGAGCAGCCGGCCCAAACAGAGGAGCUCCAUGACCUCCAAUGACAAACACAGGGACUCAGCUACGAGGAGAGGGUUAGACAGAGAGUUACAGGCUUUUAUCAGCAUGAGGGACCAGGCUGACAAAGCGACAGAGGAAUGGGAGAAGCUGAACUAUGACAUCCACACUUUACGUUACACCAGGAGAGAAGUCCGAUCCAGAUGGAAGAAAAUCCUGCUGCAGCUGGGUUACCAGUGUGAGGUGGAUGCUCUGCUCAGUGUGAACAAACAGAGUCGUUACAGUCGGGAUCAGGAACAUUUCAGCAGAGCCAUUGAGCUGUUGAAGCAGCUGCUGGAACACACAUGUCUGUUCCCUCCAGGGACCGGACAUCAGAGCAGAUACCUCUAUGUCAUGGAUCGUCUGGUGUCACUGGACAGCGCUGAGGACUUUGUCAGACUGGCCAGAGAAAAGUAUCCGAAGAAAGAUGGCUGACGGAGGACGACCUCAGGAAACAGAGGUUUACAGAACAUGUAUACAGUUAAUCAUUUAUACACAAGACUGUUUUUAUGUUAUUUCCGUGCUUUGGUAAGUUCCACAUUUAUCAUACAGUUUGUAACAUUGUGCAAAUGUGCAUCAUUACUGUAAAUAUUGAAUGUGAAUGAUGUUGUUUUCUCUUUAUUAGUCACUUUAUUUAUUCAUGGCAUGUCACUGUGAGCCAGAUGUUUUUAUCCAAUUCAGUUUAGAUCAUAUCCACCGCACCGAAUAAUUAUACUAUGAUGUGAAUACAGCAAAAGAAUCAUCAUGUUCUAAAUAAUUUAAUGGAUCUUUAACACAUCCUCAUAGAAUCUGCUUUUGUGUUUGUAUCAAAAUUUGCAUUUGCUGGUUUCAGGUUCAUUAUGAGACUGAGUAAUAACACAUCUGAUAUGAAAAAGGAACGAACAAUGAGUGUAAAAACCAAAUUUGAAGUUAUUUAGUCUAAAACUGGGCUCAGAACACUCAUUAAAUAAAGCAGAUUUAGAAAUGAAAUGAAAAUAUCAUCAGAAAUAAAUGAACGGAUCAUGUUAUUAAUAUUAUCAUGCAGAAUAUGUGUGAUUUUUAUCAGAGCAGGAGUUACUUUC